ACUAAUUGUGAUGGUUUGAAUGGUAACUGCAGGCGAGCAAAGCAGCGAUAACAAACUUCUUUGAGACAAUGAGAAUGGAAUCUGGCACUGCUAUCGGCAUAACAAUUGCCACGCCCGGUUUUAUCAGGACAGACCUUACAUUAAAGGCCAAAUUUGAAUUGAAGUUAUGGCUGUUGAAAGAUUUGAACAAGUUUUUUGCAAUUCAGGAUGUUAUGAGAAUAGUUCCAAUGGGGUCAGCUAGUGAAUGUGCUAAAGCCAUAGUUGAAAGUGCAUGCAGGGGAGAUAUGUAUGUUACAUAUCCUUCUUGGUACAGAGUGUUGUUUCCUUGGAAGGUGCUUCAUCCUCAAUUCGUAGAUUGGGCCUUCAACUUGAUCUUUCCAAACAAGUCUGCCAUGAAAGGCAAUCUCAUGAUGCCAGAGCAUAAGGCAGAAUAAACUCUUACCUCUCUACCAAUGAAGGUAACUUGGAAGUGUUUGUGACCAAGAUACUUCAUAAUAAUUAUAAGACUUUACUUUUUUGUCUUUUUCUUUUUUGUUGUUGUGGAAUUAUGUUAAUUAAUAAUAAUAGAAAAUUUGGGAGUGUUCUUUGUUCUUUUUUUUUUUUUCCUGAA